UCACGUCGUGCUGAUGCCGUGAGAAUCGUUUUCAUGAAUUAAGGCAACGCACCGCGAAUUUGUUUUCGCCACAACGAGCACGUUGACGUGAGAAUAAAUGUCGGAGCCGCUUUUUUUUUGUUUUGUUGUGUUUUUAUGACGCCGAACAACGACGCGAACCCGAAGCGGAACCGUUGUCACACGGGAAGAGGGGGCGACGGGGGAUCCACUGAGGAAACACAGGAAACAACCAUUGAAUCAUUGUUGUGAGGGAACAUCGAGCCUUCUCGUUCUUCACUCGGUGAAAUCAUAGAUUCGUUUAACUUAUAAUUGAACCGCUCCAGUGGAUUUUACAAGAACACGAAAACAACGAUGCUGAUUAAAGUGAAGACGCUCACUGGGAAGGAGAUAGAGAUCGACAUAGAGCCCACAGACAAGGUGGAGCGGAUUAAAGAGAGGGUGGAGGAGAAGGAAGGGAUUCCUCCCCAACAGCAGAGGUUGAUCUACAGUGGAAAACAGAUGAACGAUGAGAAAACGGCGGCCGACUAUAAAAUCCAGGGAGGCUCUGUUCUCCAUUUGGUCCUUGCGCUGCGAGGAGGACAGGUGCUCCACUCUCCCAGAAGCCUCCACACCAAGCCUGCAUUGUAGCCAUCACUAUGAAUCCUGCCUUAGCUUUUGCAAUGCCUACACGGAGAGGAUACACUGAAGACACACAGCCAGGGGGUCAGAGAGUCGCCUGGUGACACUGUGGGCAACACACUGCCAGUUAUAUGAGGUUCUGUUUGUGGUAGCCCCUUCCCUUCAGUCAACAAUGUGUUGGCUGCAUGUUUCACUCACUGUAAUAGCGAGACACUCCAUGUUAAAGCUAGGCUUGCAGAAAAAAACUUCAAAAUUCAACAAGACUUUAGAUUCACAACCCAGAGCGUAUUUGGUUGCUAUGGAAAACUUGUGGCCUUGUUUUAUUUCUACAGAAGCAGGCAAGGGGAGUUUCCCUUAAUACUUCAGUAGAGAUCAGGCUCUCAGUUUUAAUUAAGCAUCUGCACUAAAUUGCACUCAUUCAUAGAUGUCACUCCCCAAACAUGUUUUUUUGUUCCCUGUUCAGUACGAAGUUCAAAAAAAUGCCUUAUCUCAUAAUAUUGUGGAACAUUUGUAAAAAUGUGUUCAGGGGUUUUUGCGUAGUCCUGCUGACUAACAGGCUAACAACCAACGGACAGGGGUGGAAACUUAAACUCUUAGAGCUAAGCACUAGCAUAAAGAUGCUGCAGGGAAACCCACAUUUGUAUCUCAGUCUUCAGAGUGUGACACAAACUAAGGUUUACUUUAAUUAUUUAUUCCAUUUUCUACAAAUUGCCCAAACACAUGUGGAAUAAUUAUCUAAAGCUUCUGUAUCAAAAGUAAUUUUCUCCGAGGAAGAAACCACGUAGCUCUUUUAGAUUUGUGAAGGCUGGUGACUGUAUAUUUAAAAGAAUAGUUUGCAGAUUCAAAUGGAUUUAUUUUUGUUUUGUUUUGCAUACUUUUACUACUGCGAGAAGUCGAGGAGUGUGCCACCUGGAUCUGUCUGACGGCGGCUUCAGUUGACAUGGAUGUUGCUCGGUUUGCUUGUAUGUUCAGAGAGCAACACUGACCUUUGGGUUUCUUUUUGUGUUGGCUCCUCCCCUCGGUGUGUACAGAACUGUGUGAAACUGGCCUAUGCUGUGGAUGUGAGUAGAAUAAAAUGAUGUUAAUGCUUAAAA